GGUGUGCAGCGGAUGAUGAUGAGCACGAAAGGUUGCAAUCGUAUACAAGUGUCAGUUAAUGCGGAAAAGGGUUGGAUAUCGAAUUUAUGAGCAUGAAUUGGUAUUAGGCAGUUUGACGAGAAUGGCGUCAGUCGUCGCCCUCGGCCUUCUUAUUGCUUCACCAAACAAGGCAACAAACUGAACAAAUUGGCAACUGCCGUGUCUGACGACGACUAUUAGUAUUUGCCACAUCCAAAAUACCUGAUUUCCUCUCCUCUCUCCCCCUCUCUCUCUACCCUAAUUUUUGAGGACGUUUCCAUCAGCUGUUGAGGCACAUUAUCUUGACAUAUUCUUCUCUUUAUAAACAUCAUUUGAUCGGAUGGGUAAUUUUAAAGGAAAUGCCAUAGUGCUUAUGGGGGUCAGUGGUGCUGGGAAAUCAACAAUAGGCGAUAUGUUGGCCAAAGUGAUGAAUGGCCGGUUUCUUGAUGCAGAUGAUUACCAUCCACAGGCCAACAAAGACAAGAUGAGGAGUGGGAUCCCUCUUUCAGAUGAAGACCGGAUCCCAUGGCUUGAAUUGCUACGGGAUGCCCUGAGAGUGAGCUUGGCAAGGGGUGAGACCGUAAUUCUUGGUUGUUCGGCUCUGCAGAAGCAUUACAGGGAUAUACUUAGAUGCGCGGAUCCUGAGUAUGAGCAGGGCUCUUGUGGUGGUGCCGUGAAGUUUGUGCUGUUGAGCGUGGGGGCUGAGGUGCUCGCUGCUCGGCUGGAGAAAAGAGUGGCAGAAGGGAAGCAUUUCAUGCCUCCUAAACUCCUGCAGUCGCAAUUGGAGUUGCUGCAGAUCGAUGAAUCCGAAGGGAUACUCAAAGUGGAUGCUUCCCAUGAACCCGAGGAUACAUUGGAGAUUGUACAAGCUGUGCUCAUGCCGGAUUCGGUCAUGGAGACGAGAUCAAACGGAGUCCGACUCAAUAAGCAAGAGGCUUGAUAACCUACUGGUUUCUGCUAUUCAUUCGUCCUUAUUCUUGCUCCCUUGGAAGAGAACUUGUUUUACGGGAAGCUGGCAGAAUUGUGAGGUAUGAUUUUUCUAUGUUCCAUUUCAGAUACUACUAAAACUAACUCUGGAAAAGAAACUAUCAAAACUAAGAUAUUAUCUAAUAGAAGCAUUUGGUUCCAUGGAGGUUAGAUUAGAUUAGAUUGGGAAUAGGAAGUGUAAUAACACUUGCAUCAGCUCUAGAUUUUCAUUAUUAAGGUUUACAACCCUUGUGAUU